AUGCAGAUGUGUCGUUUGCUGAGCCUCCUCUCAGCCUUUACGGUGCUGAGCAGCUUCCUGGCCAUUGUGGAUGGAUGUGACAUUGAUGAGUCUGUUUGCGGGGCCCAGGCUCCGGGAGAUGUUGUCAUAGGUAUCAUGUUACCAUCUCAUGGUAAAGUGAAGGCGGUUCAUGAACGGAUCACACCUGAAAACUUUGACUGCUCAGAUUUUGAUCUAUCAUCAUUCGUGAGAUCCUUGGCCGUAAUGCAUGAAAUUGAGGUGAUUAAUGCAGCUGGUAUCCUCCCUGGAGUGCGUCUUGGAUAUCUGAUGUGUGACACAUGUUCGUAUCCAAGCAGAGCAUUGCAGAAUGUUGAGCACAUGCUGGCAAUCAACGGCUCUCUAGAUGUGAAGUGCAACUACAGCGACUUCAGGCCGAGAGUCAAGGUUAUUAUAGGAGCGCGAUACUCUGAAGUGUCCAUCUCCGUGGCCAGGCUGCUGAAUGUGUACAUGGUCCCUCUACUGAGCAGCUCAUCAUCUUCACCAGCCCUGAGUGAUAAGCUGCGCUUCCCAGUUGUCAUACGUACUGUUCCCAGUGAUAUACAUCAGACUGAAGCUUUGGCCAAAAUGAUGGCUUACUAUCAGUGGAACUGGGUCGGGGUUGUGUAUGGGGAUGACGACUAUGGCAAAGCAGCUUUCCAGAGCUUUCUUGGGGAUGCAGAGGCAAAUGACGUUUGCGUGGCCUACCAGGAAGUGUUGCCUCAUUAUCUUGAUCAUUCCAACAGCGAGGAACGUAUCAAGCAGGCCGUCCAGACUAUCCGCUCUUCCAAUGCCCAAAUAGUGCUGCUAAUUCUCAAAUCAGAGCUUGUGAAGGUCCUCUUCAAGGAAAUGAUUAAGACCAAUACAUCUAGGGUUUGGAUUUCCAGUGAUGCCUGGUCCAGGAGCUCAUCCAUUGCCCAAAUGGAUGACAUCAACAAGGUUGGGGACAUCUUGGGCUUUACCUUUGUUUCCUCCAAGAGUGAAUCGUUUGACAAUUAUCUCAAGAAUCUUACAGUAACACCAGGGGGAUACAACCACUUCAUUGAAAAAUACAAGAACUUGAGAUUCAACUGUUCCUCAGAAUGUUUCUCAAGCAAUCCUCCAUCCUACUGUACUGAUAUCCUGAGGUUUAAAUCUCACAAUGCAUGUAACUUCAAUGACCCCCAAGCGCAAAAUGAUGACUAUCUUGUGAAGUCAACUGAUACAAGCGAAUCCUACCUGCACAGAGUGGCUGUGUGGGCUGUAGCAAAUGCUCUCAGAAAGCUACUUAAGUGUAACGAUUCCACAUGCUCAGGGGAAAUCAAUUUUCCACCAUGGAAGCUUCUCAGAGAACUGAAAAAAGUUCAGUUUGAGUUUAACAACCAAAAAUUCUUCUUCGACGAACAUGGCGAUUUCGUCAAUGGGUAUGAUCUGAUAAGGUGGGAAAAAGAUGGACGACGCAGAAGAAUUCAGAAGAUUGGGAUAUAUCAUAUCCUUGAUCGUAAAAUAGAACUCGAUGUUAAAGAAACCACCUGGCUUUUAACAGAUAAUACAUCGACCCCUCAGUCCAGAUGCUCAAAGAGCUGCUCUCCUGGUUGGGUGAAGAAGAUCUUGAACAUGUCCUGCUGUUACAACUGCACUGAGUGCGUGGAGGGGACCUAUUCAGAUGACAAGGAUCUUCCUAACUGUAAGAGGUGUCCCAAAGGAACUUGGUCUCUAAAGGGUUGGACGAAAUGCAAGCCAAGAUCAGAGUUUUUCCUGCGCUGGAGUGACCCUCAUCCGAUCACCAUUAUAGCAGCCGCUGCCUUUGGCUUUUUGCUCUUAAUGUUCACCUGCAUUGUAUUUUUGGUGUACAGAAAUUCCCUACCGAUGAAAAAAGCCGAAGUGAGAUUGUCCUGUGUGAUGAAGGCCGGUCUGGCUGUGAGCUUUGCAAGUGUGAUAUUAUUUGUGGGUAAGCCAAACGUGCACCUCUGCCGUGCUCGCCAGGUCAUGUACGCCAUGGGUUUCACUCUGUGUGUGUCCUGCAUCCUAGUUAAGGCUUAUCGUACCUUCCUGGUCUUCCUGCCCUUUGGUCAGAUCACAAACAGGCGACUACACAGACUUUACAAGCCACCUGUGAUUGUUAUUGUGUUGACUGCUCUCCAGGGAAUCAUCUGUCUUUUCUGGCUGAUCUUUGAUUCUCCUGAUAUUGAUGACAAACCUCCAUCUCCACAAAGCAUGACUAAAAUGAUACAAUGUUCAGAAGGAAAGACAUACAUAGGUUUUGGGAUUAUGCUGAGCUACAUAGCUCUGCUAGCAUUGGUUGGUUUCCUUUUGGCUUUCAAGGGCAGGAAGGUUCCCCAGGAAUUCAGUGAAACAGGUUACAUCAUUUUUAGCAUGCUGAUGUACUUGUUUGUAUGGGUGUGUUUCAUCCCAGUCUACAUUACCAGUACUGAAGAGAGCACUACUGUGCAGCCUUCAGCCAUUCUAGUAUCCAGCUACGGCGUCAUUUUCUGUCAUUUCUUACCCAAGUGCUACGAAGCACUUUGGGGGUCAAAGACUGAUACACUGGAGAGUAUCCUGAGGAGAUGGCGAGUCAUCUCCAGUCCAAGUCCAGAAACAGACAAAGAUACCCCUACGAUGAACACAGUCUCCGAAAACACCAGCAGGGUUUCAGUGUCUAGUAAUUCAACUGUACUGAGGAGUUCAGAGACACUAAGUGUGAUCAGCCCUACUGAUUCAGAGAUGGCCAUAAUUCCAAUGUCCAAAGAAAAGAUUCACCCCUAUCCACUGUUUACUAAUCAUGUAACAAAACUGAGAAACAGACACAGAAGCCUCUCCUUGUAAAAAUGGUUCCAAGGAAAAUUACUUUAUACAUAUGUAUUUUCCUUUUCCAGGCCAAGAUUUUGAGAGCUCGUUUGUUUAGGAAAUCCAUGUAAAUAUGUUUUCCACUGAAAAAAUGUUGUAUACUUCUACAUGCAGAAGACUAAAGAUGGCUAAUUUGUAUUGUUUGCAGCUAGCAAAACAAAAUGUUUUUUUAAAAUACCUGUUUGUGAAUUGUUUCAUAUGUGCAUCAUUUUUUAUUCAUUAUAACACAACGAAGGCAGUUGAAGAGGACAAUAGGGUAACAACAAAGACUGUAGCUAAGCUUAGUCUGGUUUUCUUUGUGUAAAGGUAAUGGGAAGUUGCACAUGAUGUGCAUGAUUUGUGACCCACUGAGAAUAAAGUCACAUUUUUGUUUGUGUAUUUAUUUUAUUUUUGAUAUAAAAUUAACUGUCUUUUAUAUAUAAUAUUGUGUUGGCCUGUUUUAAAUGGAUCAUUGUGAAUAAUGUUUGAGAAUGUUUGAAACUCAAGUUUGGAAAUUGGGCUAUUCAUCAUUUUUCAUAAAGUGACCGGUUUGACAAAAAAUAAAUAUUUCUCUCUUAUUGUU